GUAAGGAAGAGGAUUGAUGUGUCAACUUCCUCAUUUUGUGUCUUUGACUCUGUAAGAGGAGACUUUGCUUCUUUUUCUUCUGCUGCUGGACACACUUCUUCAUCCAUCCAUUUUCUACUGCUUAUUCACUCCUGUGCUCCUGGUGCCAACAUGGACUCCCAGUCCCAUCAGCUGCUUCUGGUGGGGCCCAACGACACGCGGCGUCUGCUGGAGGUCUACGUCAAACGCAGCCUCAGCUUCAACGAUGGCUCCCUGGACACCAAGCCUUGCGAGCGCCAAGCCAAGUGGGUGACUUUGUCCAAAAAACACAGAAGACACAGAAGACACUCCAGCGACCCUUCCCUCCACUCCACUGAGAGACUGAACGACCACGUGUUUGCCACUGAACCUUUGGACCGACCGGAGACACAGCCCGAUGACAAGAUGAGCAGGAAGCCCAGAAAGAACAAAAAACUUUCCUUGUGGAAGACCUUCAUUGGUCGUUUCUCCAGGAGGAGUACUGAGGACCAUGAGGAGGUCGCCUCAGACAUUCCUGAGGCGUCUUCAGUUGAUGAAGACUUGACCAUCGCCACCGCCUGCCUGCCUGCUUCCCCUCCACUCCAAAAGAAAAGGUCCUCAAGGAGGAGAUCUAUUAAAAGAAUGUUCUCCAAGAGACGUCCGUCCUUGAUUAAAUUCAGCAGAGAGGGGCCCAACCCGGUGGACAUCACCGGAGUAGAAGCUGUUGUGAGCGUGGAACCCACCUAUUCCUACUACGAGAAGGUGUCCCAAGAACUUGAAAAGAUUCUCAAUGAGGUCAAGGAGAAUGAGGAGGUGGUGACCUUGUCAGAUGAGGAAGUCAUUGACAGAAUCAUCGCCUUGACAAAGGACGAGGGCGACGCCAUCGAUGUCAAGAUAAGGGACAGCACCACCCUGAGUAACUUCUUCAAAGGGAUGUCCUACUCCUCCUUCCAGAGGUUGGCCGACGCCUACCUGAAGAAGGAGGCCUCGCCCCGCCCCACCCCAACGUCUGUCCUGCCAACGGCGCCGGAGCUGGUCCAGCUGGCCUUCACCCUGGACUUCACGGCCCGCAUCGCAAGACUCUCUCUGCAGAACGUGGGACACAUCACCGGGCUCGGGGGCCGCUACCUGCAGGACCGAUUUGAAUAUAAACAGGCUUGUUCCGACCAUCCCUUCUAAUGAUAUGCGUAAAUGCAAAUGAGGAACAAGUGGGACACAGUUGUGCACGCUGCGGACGUAAGGCGGGUCCGGCGGGACUGGCUUCUGCUUGGCGCAGCCUCCUUUUUUGACAGUAGCUGGUUCUACUGUGCACUCUAACUAUCUAGUCAGCCAGAUGUGACGUUUAUCAGUGUGCUGUGACGUGUGCAAGAGGACCUUCCCAUUUCAAGUCUAAGCCAUGAUGAUGUUGUGUGAAAAAUAAAGGGUGCAGGCCAGCAGUGUUUGGUGUGUAUUGGCUCACUAAGCACAGAGAAGAAAUGGGAGGGACGUUGCCACAUUUUUUGUGAAGGUAACAUCUCUGGACGUGUAGAAAGACAUGUAUGGCAGAGUGCGAGUCAUGUCAAGAGAAAUUCCUCCCACAUAUCUGGAAAUGAUGUAAGCCCUCGCCGCACCCCGUCCAGGCGCACGGCAUGGUGUAAUUAUGGGGUGUAAUGAGGCGGAAGCGUGCAGUGAUGCGUCUCACCUGAGGAACAGCUUUCCCCUGCAGGUAAACAAACUAACAUGGGUGCCAAAUGCAUGAAAUACAAAUGUCAUCAUUAAAGAAAUGCUCAAUUAGC